CAGAAAUCUUACUCUCUCUCUGUUUAUCAUUUCAUACUUGUCCUCAAACAGAUGUGACCUAAAAAUUUUUUAAGAAAAAACCGGCCUCGCUUUUCAAAAAGAAAAAAAAAAACCAGCCUUUGAUCCCUUUACUAAAGCAGAGUCAUUUUGCACUAACGAGUACAAGCAACUGUGGCUCGGACGCUUAACUACGAAGAAAUUGAUGACUACUAACUAUUGUGUUUCCGCUGCGUUCAUUCCACCACAUUUGCACUCUCUUCCUCACUGAAAACCCUAAAGACCAAUUUUUUACUCUUGGGAGGUCUUGAAUUGGUGAGAAUGGCGGGACAGGCAAUUGGGAUCGAUUUGGGGACGACUUACUCCUGCGUUGCAGUUUGGCAGAAUGAUCAUGUAGAAAUCAUAGUGAAUGAUCAGGGCAACAGGACCACUCCUUCUUAUGUUGCCUUCAAUGAAACUGAGCGUUUGGUUGGUGACGCAGCUUUCAACCAGGUCAUCAAGAACCCAACCAAUUCCAUCUUUGAUGCAAAGCGGUUAAUAGGCAGGAGGUUCAGUGACAUAUCUGUUCAAAAUGACAUGAAGCUCUGGCCAUUCAAGGUCAUUGAAGGCCGUGAUGACAAACCCAUGAUUGUGGUUACACAUGAGGGCCAAGAGAGACAGUUUGCUGCUGAAGAGAUCUCCUCCAUGGUUUUGGCAAAGAUGCGGGAGAUUGCUGAGGAGUUCCUUGACUCAACAGUGAAAAAUGCUGUUAUCACAGUGCCUGCUUACUUCAGUGACUCACAACGCCAGGCUACAAGAAAUGCAGGUGAAUUUGCAGGUCUAAAGGUGAUGCGUAUUAUCAAUGAACCAACAGCUGCAGCAAUUGCUUAUGGUCUUGAAAAAAAGGCUGGUUGGUAUAGCAAAAGAAAUGUGAUGAUAUUUGAUUUGGGAGGUGGAACUUUAGAUGUGUCACUGCUUACAAUAAGCUCUGGUGUUUUUGAAGUGAAAUCCACGGCUGGAGACACUCACCUUGGUGGUGAAGACUUUGAUAACAGAAUGGUGAAUUACUGUGUUGAGGAAUUUAAGAGGAAGCAUAACUUGGAUGUGAGUGGAAACUCGAGAGCUCUUAGGAGGCUAAGAAAUGCUUGUGAGAAGGCCAAGAGGAGACUUUCAUUUACAUCUUCUAUAGAGGUUCAAAUCGACUGUUUGGAUCAGGGCAUUGAUUUGUAUAUAACUAUUUCCCGUGCCAAAUUUGAACAACUGAACAUGGAUUUCUUCAACAAGUGUAUGGAGCCCGUGGAGAAGUGUAUAAGAGAUGCUAACAUGGACAUAAGCCAGAUUGAUGAUGUUGUUCUCGCCGGUGGAUCUUCUAGAAUUCCCAAAGUGCAGCAACUAUUACAAGAUGUCUUCCAUGGGAAAAAGUUGUGCAAGAGCAUUAAUCCAGAUGAGGCAAUAGCAUAUGGUGCUGCUGUUCAAGCUGCAAUCUUGAGUGGGAAUGGAAAUGGGAAGCUUCAAGACUUCAAUCUCUUGGAUGUCACACCUAUGUCACUUGGAGUGGAGACUACAGAUAAAAAUAUCAUGUGCUUUGUUAUUCCAAGAAACACCAGAAUUCCCGUCAAUAAGAAUAAAACACUAGUUACAAGGUAUGACAACCAAUCUGAGGUCCUUUUCAAUAUUUUUGAGGGUGAGAGUGAAAGCACUUUAAAUAAUAACCUUUUGGGUGAAUUUAGCCUCGUUGACAUUCCCCCGGCUCCUAAGGGUUAUCCAUUCGAUGUUUGCUUUGAAAUUGAUGAAAAUGGUAUCCUAAGUGUCUCUGCUGAGGACAAGUCCACUGGCCAGAAAAAAGGGAUUACAAUCAUGAGUGACAGGAAGAACUUGUGAGGGAAUUGAUACCAGUAGUGUGAGAAAAGGAGGCUCUGUUUUCUUCUGUUCACAACAAUGAAGGUUGAUCAUGUGCUUCUCUUUUUUUCUCUCACACUUGGCAAUACCAGGUUGAUGUAGAUCUUAAAGAGUAUAUCUGUUUUAAGUUCAUCUUAUAAUCACUUGUCAAUGGGAUCUGAUGUUCAAUACAUGUUUGAGAUACAUUUAUGUCUUUA